AUGGCUGAUUUUGUCUACUCCGAAGCUGAGGAAAGUGAGCACGAUGAUGACGAGGAGGAGGCGAUUGAUCAUGGACGCAAGAAAAAAGUCAAGAAAACAUUGGAUGAAAGUGAAGAAGAAGAAGACGAUGAUGAGGACAAAUUACGAGAAGAGUUAAAAGAUUUGAUAGACGAUCGACCCAUUGAAGAGAGCGAUGGCGAGGACAGUGAUGCAUCUGGUGAUCCCAAGAAAAGAAAAAAAAGCGAUGACGAAGAUUUUGACGACCGAUUGGAGGAUGAUGACUACGACCUCAUCGAGGAAAAUUGGGGUAUUACCGUAGAAAGAAAACGGUUCAAACGACUUAAGCGCAUGCAAGAUGCCGAGUCUGACGAAGAAGAGGAUGGUGAUGCCGAAAAGAGGGAAAGAGAAGUCAUUGCCAAUGAGAUAUUCCCUCAUGGCGAAGGUUCUGGCGAUGAGGAUGGAAGAAGCGAAAGGAGUCAUCGACCGGAACCCGAGAUUAUUGACGGUGAAGGCAGUGAGGGAGAAUACUCUGAAGACGAUGAUUUUAUUGUAGGUGACGAUGACCGACCUAUUGGCGAUAAAAGACGGAAGAAAAAAGUUUUUGAAGACGCAGCGUUGCAAGAAGCUCAAGAUAUUUUUGGAGUUGAUUUUGACUACGAUAAUUUUGAGAAAUUCGGAGAGGAUGAAUAUGAAGAAGAAGAUGAAGAUGAGGACGAUUAUGUUGAUGAUGAAGGAGUGGAACGACCAAGAAGACACAAAAAACAGUCAAAGAAAAAACCUUCGAAGAAAACAAUUUUCGAAGUUUACGAGCCAAGUGAGCUCAAACGUGGACAUUUUACGGAUUUGGAUAACGAAAUUCGUAACACAGACAUACCUGAGAGGAUGCAGUUACGUUCAAUGCCGAUCACUCCGGUGCCUGAAGGCUCAGAUGAGCUAGACCAUGAGGCGGAGUGGAUUUAUCAACAAGCAUUCUGUCGCCCUACGAUAUCUAAUCAAGACACUAAUUUAAAUAACGACAUGAACGAUGGCGGAGGAAAAGGACCGCAAACUGUCGGUAAAAUAAAAAAAGCUUUAGACUUUAUGCGGAAUCAAUACUUUGAAGUUCCUUUUAUAUCUUUCUACAGAAAGGAGUACGUUCUUCCAGAAUUAAACAUAAAUGAUUUGUGGAAAGUAUAUAAAUAUGACGCCAAGUGGUGUCAGUUACGUCAACGAAAAGAAAAUUUACUUCGUUUGUUUGAAAAGAUGCGAGAUUUUCAGUUAGACGAAAUUAUGAAAAAUCCAGACGCUCCUCUUCCGGAUGAUGUCAGAGUCAUCAAAGAUGACGAUAUCGAAAGACUAAAGAGCGUACAAACAAAUGAAGAGUUGAAUGAUGUUCACAAUCAUUUUAUGCUUUACUACAGUCAUGACAUCCCAGCUAUGCAAGAAGCGGUAAAGCGGAAGGAAAAGGCAGCUAGACAGGCUGAAAGAUUGCAAAAACGCAAACAACAGCUGAUGGAGGCGGAAGAAAAUGGAGAAGAUCCACCGCCUGAGGAGGAAAAUCCAGACGAAGUGGAAGAAGUUGAAGACUCCUUGAAACAAGCAGUAAGAAGUGGACCCUACGCACUUUGUAGACGCGCUGGGCUUCAUAGUUUUGCCAAAAAAUUUGGUCUUACUCCUGAGCACUUCGCAGAAAAUUUACGUGAUAAUUAUCAGCGUCAUGAGGUAGAUCAAGAUCCUGUCGAGCCUAGUGUAGUUGCCCAAGAAUAUGUUGGAAAAUGUAUAGAGUCAGUUGAAGAAGUUCUGACGGCUGUUAAAAUCAUGGUAUCAAUUCAACUGGCACGUGAACCGCUCGUGCGAAAGUGUGUCCGUGAGAUGUAUAUGGAACGUGCUAAAAUAUCAGUACGACCAACAAAAAAGGGAAUCACUGACAUUGAUGAGAACCAUCCGAUCUACACAAUGAAAUAUCUUAAAGACAAACCUGUGCGUGAUCUCACUGGAGACCAAUGGCUCAAAUUGGAAAUUGCUGAGAAUGAUAAGCUUAUCAAGAUUUCUUUGAGCGAUACUUUCGCCGGUAACACUAGCAAUAAUUACAUCGAAGAGAUGAAGCAGCUUUAUAUAAGGGAUGAAUUCUCAAAGAAUGUUCAAGACUGGAAUAAUCUGCGAAAUGCCAGCGUUGAGCUAGCGUUAACUAGAUACGUUAUUCCGGAUUUAAAAAAAGAACUGCGUUCAAAUCUUUCAACCGAAGCAAAAGAUUACGUUAUGCGUGCUUGUUGUCGAAAACUGUACAACUGGUUAAAAGUAGCACCAUACACUUGUUCAUUCCCCGAUGAAGACGAUGAGGAAUGGGACACGAAGAAUGGUGUACGAGUAAUGGGUAUAGCGUACGUUCCGAAUAUCAGCGAAGCGGCUUUUUCUUGCGUUGUUUCUCCGGACGGCGAGUGUGCGGAUAUCUUGCGUUUGCCUCAUUUGCUGAAAAAGAAAAAUAGCUAUAGAGACGACGAGAAGCUCAAGAAAGAAGCCGAUUUACUUGCAAUCAGAAAUUUCAUCAGGAAAAAUAAACCUCAUGUUAUUGUCAUUGGAGGUGAAUCAAGAGAAGCUAUGAUGAUUUCUGCGGACAUAAAAGAAUCCCUGACAAUUUUAGCUGAGGAAGAACAAUAUCCAGCAAUAAGUGUAGAGAUAUUAGAUAAUGAUCUAGCAAAACUUUAUUCUGCUAGUGAAAAAGGUAAAGCUGAAUUCCGCGACUAUCCGGACUUACUGCGGCAAGCAGUUUCUUUGGCUCGGCGUCUUCAAGAUCCCCUGGUUGAAUUUUCUCAGCUGUGUACUUUGGACGAAGACAUACUGUGCUUAAAGUAUCACAGUCUUCAAGGCCAAUUGUCAGAGGAGGAAUUAUUAGAAAAUUUGCACUUGGAAUUUGUAAACCGGGUUAAUGAAGUUGGUGUUGAUGUUAAUAAGGCUGUCCAGCAAAAUUAUUCUGAUAGCUUAGUUCAAUUUAUUUGUGGUUUGGGACCACGCAAAGGUCAAGCACUGAUAAAAAUGCUCAAGCAAACUAACCAACGACUCGAAAACAGAACUCAGUUGGUAACUGCUUGUCACAUGGGCCCGAAAGUAUUUAUAAAUUGCGCAGGAUUUAUUAAAAUUGAUACAAAUAGUUUGGGAGACAGUACAGAAGCUUACGUUGAAGUUCUAGACGGUUCUAGAGUGCAUCCAGAAACCUACGAGUGGGCUCGUAAGAUGGCUGUCGACGCUUUGGAGUACGACGACGAAGAUGCCAAUCCAGCUGGCGCAUUGGAAGAAAUUCUUGAAUCCCCGGAAAGAUUAAAAGACUUAGAUUUAGAUGCCUUUGCUGUAGAGUUGGAGAGACAAGGUUUCGGCAAUAAAUGUGUAACACUGUAUGACAUCAGGUCGGAGCUUAAUAGUCGCUACAAAGAUCUGAGAACGUCAUAUCAAAGCCCAACUCCUGAGCAACUGUUUGACAUUCUGACCAAGGAAACGCCGGAGACAUUUUACAUAGGCAAACUCAUGUCAGCCGUCGUAGUUGGAAUUAGUCACAAGAAACCUCAAGGUGAGCAGUUGGAUCAAGCAAAUCCAGUGCGAAACGAUGAGUCCGGGUUGUGGCAAUGUCCUUUUUGUUUGAAAAAUGACUUCCCCGAAUUAUCUGAGGUAUGGAAUCAUUUCGACGCUGGUGCAUGUCCUGGUAAAGCCGUGGGCGUGAGAAUUGUGCUAGAUAAUCCUAAUAUAUCUGGUUACAUUCACAUAAAAAAUAUAUCUGACAAUCAUGUCGCUGAUCCGGAGGAGAGAUUGCGAGUUCGUCAGACUAUUCAUGUACGUAUAAUUAAAAUAGAAGUCGACCGGUUCAGUACUCAGUGCUCGUGUAAAACUUCCGAUUUAGCAGACAAAAAUAACGAAUGGAGGCCAGCCAAGGAUCCAUACUACGAUACAGAAGCUGAGCAGCAAGACAAGAAAUUUGUUGAAGACUUCAAGAAGAAGAAGCAGCAACAGACUUAUGUCAAACGUGUUAUUGUACAUACAUCGUUUCACAAUGUAAGUUUUGCUGAGUGCGAAAAAAUGAUGAAGACACUCCGGCAAGGCGAGGUGAUAAUACGGCCUAGCAGCAAGGGAUGUGAUCAUCUGGUUGCCACUUGGAAAGUAACUGAUGAUAUUUAUCAAUACAUCGACAUAAAAGAAGAAGACAAAGCAAAUGAUUUUUCUCUAGGACGUCGGUUGAUGAUCGGAAAUAAUGACUACGAAGAUCUCGAUGAAAUAAUAGCAAGUCAUAUUAAUCCAAUGGCUGCUUACGCUGCUGAGUUACUUGACUUCAAGUAUUAUAAACGCAGUGUAGACGGUAUUAAAGACAAAGCUGAAGAAAUACUGAGAGAACAGAAAAAAGAAAACCCCGGUAGCAUUCCUUAUAUUAUAUCUGCGUCGAAAAAUUACCCAGGGAAAUUUUUACUGUCAUAUCUUCCUCGAUUGCGCUGUUAUCACGAGUUUAUAUCAGUCUCCAAAGACGGAUUUCGGUAUCGCGGAGAAACAUUCGCGCGUGUUGAUAAACUUGUAAGCUGGUUCAAGAAAAAUUUCCGGAUGCCGAUUCCUGGUCAAGCUACGCCCAGUACUCCGCGAGGAGCUUCUUCGAGGACGCCGUAUCACACUACUCCUGGAGUUGGAAAUGUUAAUCAAGAAGCAAUACAGCGAGUUGCGCAAAAUCUUCCUCAUCAUAUGCUGCAUUCGCUUUCACAGGUGGCCAACCAGACACCUCACUACCCGCCACAUACUCCUGGUGCUACUGGUGCCACCGGUUAUGGAAUGCAUACCUAUCCCAAUACUCCGUACACGCCUUCAGGACAGACACCAUUCAUGACACCCUUCCAAACGCCUCAUCACUCUCAGCCUACGCCGAGAUACGGACAACAAACACCUAAUCAUCAGUUUGUCCAUCCUGGACCACCCAUGAGUCAGAAUACUCAUCACAGAUCAAUGUCACAUCGAAGUUCCACGUCUUAUGGUCUUGCUCUCAAUGGAAAUACAAGAUUGUUUAAACCAACCGGAGGAAAAUAG